AGUGCGCCCCGGGCAGCCUCGGGCCUACAGCGGGUUGGCGGAGCCGCGCCGUCCGGUCAGUGCUGUGCUGUUGGCGAUGAGUUACUAGCGUUGUUGUGUCAUGGUGUCUGUGGAGCCCAGGGCUCCUGGCCUGGCCUUUGGCCAGGUGGUCAUCGGCCCACCAGGCUCAGGGAAGACCACUUACUGCUCGGGGAUGCAGGAGUUUCUCUCUAAGAUGGGCCGCAAGGUAGCAGUGGUGAACCUGGACCCGGCCAAUGACAGAAUCCCCUAUCAGUGCAGCGUGGACAUUGCUGAGUUGGUGACUCUGGACGAUGUGAUGGACAAUCUGAAAUUGGGACCUAAUGGGGGUCUGAUUUACUGCAUGGAAUACCUGGAGGCAAACUUCGAUUGGCUGCAGGAGAAACUGGAACAAUAUAAAGAUCAUUACUUCCUCUUUGACUGCCCGGGUCAGGUGGAGCUCUACACGCAUCAUUCCUCGGUCAAGAAUAUGGUUGCACAAUUAACGAAGUGGAAUUUCAGAUUAGCUGCUGUUCACCUGGUUGACUCGCAUUACUGCACUGAUGCUUCGAAGUUCAUCUCAAUACUCUGCACAUCACUGGCGACUAUGCUGAAUGUGGAGCUGCCACACAUCAAUAUCCUGUCCAAAAUGGAUCUCAUUGAACAGUUUGGGAAGCUGGCUUUUAAUCUGGAUUAUUACACUGAGGUGCUGGACCUCUCCUACUUGUUGGAUCACUUGGCCAGCGACCCCUUCUUCAAAAACUUCAGACAGUUAAACAGCAAACUGGUGGAGGUGAUCGAAGAUUAUGGCCUGGUCUCAUUUCUACCCCUAAAUGUGCAGGAUAAGGAAAGCAUGAAGCAUGUGAUGCGGGCAGUGGACAAAGCGAAUGGCUACUGUUUUGGGAAAGAGGAACAGCAGAGCCUGGAGGCCAUGAUGUCAGUAGCAGUAGGCGGAGAUUUUCAGUUCGCAGCAGCCAUGGAUGCUCAAGAGAAAUACGUGAGCCCGAUUGGCAAGUCGGUUAAAGAAGAAGCCAUGGACCUCUAGACGGGCUGGAGAGACACAUCACAAGAUGAGAACGGUGGUCUUCCCCAGACUUUUGUCAGGGACAGAUGUGUGAGGAGCAGAGACGGAGACUGCGUUGCCCGGCGGGCAGACAGGCUGUGCGUGCAGUGUCAGCGGAGGGGGAGCGUCCGCCGGCCCGAGCGCGUGAGUCCUGCCCAGAAAGUCGAGCGCAGAGAGCUGCAGGUGGUUGAUUCCUCAAUAAAAAAAAUUGUGACUCAAA